GUCCACGUGUGAAAAAUGAGUGCAACACCUCAUCUCCUGCUUUGUUUCUUCUUCCUUUCUUUCUUCUUCUUCUUCUUCUCAGCACAUGGAGGUGGAGACGAAGAGCAACAAGUUGGGUAUGGCUAUUCAGUUUCAACCCAAUCGGUCUCUGUCAAUGCUACCACAAAGACAUUGACUGCCAAUCUCCAGCUUAUAAAUAGUUCUUCCAUUUAUGGCCUGGAUGUUCAGAACCUCAGCUUUGUAGCCAGCUUUGAGACUAAUGAUCGUUUGAGAAUCCAUAUCACUGACUCAAACAAUCAGAGAUGGGAAAUCCCACAAGAAAUCAUCCCCCGAAAACCCCUUCUCCCCCACCAAUCCUUACUGGAAAACCACAUUUACCGGUUGGAAAACAACCAAUUGCCACUUCCAGAAAACUACUCCCUUUCCACCCCAAACUCAGACCUAAUCCUCACCCUCCACACCACACCAUCCUUUGGAUUCACCGUUGCCCGUCGCUCCACCGGCGAUGUCCUUUUCAACACUUCACAGGUGAUGUCAGACUUUGACACUACAUUUGUGUUCAAGGACCAAUACAUACAGAUCUCAUCCUCACUACCAGCAGACAGAGCAUCCAUCUAUGGCUUAGGAGAACAUACUAAGAAGACAUUUCGUCUGGCCCACAACCAGAAAUUUACAUCGUGGAAUGCUGAUAUUGGAAGUUCAAAUCUGGACAUGAAUCUCUAUGGCUCCCACCCAUUCUACGUCGAUAUCAGGUCACCUUCAUCAGAUGUGAAUGUUUCCGCAGGGAGUACUCAUGGUGUUUUGUUACUCAAUGGUAAUGGAAUGGAUGUAAUCUAUAAUGGUUCUCGCAUAACAUAUAAGGUCAUUGGAGGUGUUCUUGAUUUCUACUUCUUCGCUGGCCCAACACCAGUGUCUGUCAUUCAACAAUACACAGAGCUCAUCGGCCGGCCAGCCCCAAUGCCAUAUUGGACAUUUGGAUUUCAUCAAUGUCGAUAUGGCUACAAGAAUGUUUCUGAUCUUGAGGCAGUGGUUGCUGGCUAUGCAAAAGCAGGAAUUCCUUUAGAAGUCAUGUGGACAGAUAUUGACUACAUGGAUGGCUAUAAAGAUUUCACUCUUGAUCCAAUCAACUUCCCACCAGACCAAAUGAAGCAAUUUGUUGAUAAGCUUCACCAAAAUGGGCAGAAAUAUGUGGUCAUAGUGGAUCCAGGUAUUGGCGUGAAUGACACGUAUGGCACUUACAUUCGUGGUAUGGAGGCACACGUCUUCAUAAUGCGCAAUGGCACUGAAUACCUAGGUAAGGUGUGGCCUGGCAAUGUUUACUUUCCUGACUUCCUGAAUCCAGCAGCAGACACCUUCUGGGAAGGAGAAAUUUCAGCAUUCCACCAGCGACUUCCCUUUGAUGGCCUCUGGAUUGACAUGAAUGAGUUAUCCAAUUUCAUAUCUUCUGCUUCUUUACCCAAUUCUACUCUUGAUGAUCCUCCUUACAAGAUAAACAAUGCCAAUAACUUGAGGCCUAUCAAUGAAAGAACUGUCCCAGCAACAUCUCUGCACUUUGGCAAUGUUACUGAGUAUAAUGUCCAUAACCUGUAUGGCUUCUUAGAAUCCAGAUCCACAAAUGGUGCCUUAAUCAAAGCAAGGGGUAAGAGACCAUUCGUACUCUCCCGAUCAACUUUUGUGGGAUCAGGCAAGUACACAGCACAUUGGACUGGUGACAAUGCAGCAACAUGGGAUGACCUAGCAUACUCAAUUCCAUCUGUUUUGAGCUUUGGACUCUUUGGAAUUCCAAUGGUUGGAGCUGAUAUCUGUGGGUUUUCACGGGACACCAAUGAGGAGCUCUGUCGUCGUUGGAUUCAGGUAGGAGCAUUCUAUCCCUUUUCCAGAGACCAUUCAGACAAGCAGAAAUUACGUCAAGAGCUUUAUCUAUGGGAAUCGGUUACCAUAGCAGCAAAGAAGGCACUUGGGCUCCGAUAUCGUCUACUCCCUUACUUCUACACAUUAAUGUAUGAAGCACACACUAAGGGAACCCCCAUAGCAAGACCUCUGUUCUUCUCAUUUCCUGAAGAUGUCAAAACCUAUGAAAUUGAUACACAGUUUUUGAUUGGCAAAGGUGUUAUGGUUUCACCUGUAUUGAAAGAGGGAGCAGUUUCAGUCAAUGCUUAUUUUCCUGCAGGCAAUUGGUUUGACCUCUACAACUACUCCCAGUUGGUGUCUGUAACAUUUGGGAAUUUCAUCACCCUUGAAGCCCCAGCAGAACAUAUUAAUGUCCAUGUCCAUGAAGGUAAUAUUCUGGCUAUGCAGGAAGAAGCCAUGACAACAGAAGCAGCCCGGAAGACGGGGUUCCAGCUCUUAGCCGCCGUUGACAGUAGUGGUGGCAACACCACAGGAGAACUUUUCCUGGAUGAUGGUGAAGAGUUAGAGAUGGGAGGAAAGGGAGGGAAAUGGAGUUUUGUGAGGUUUAAUGGUGAGUUUGUGCGGAAUAAUGUUAGUGUAAGAUCAGAAGUGGUGAAUGGGGAAUAUGCAGUGAGUGAGAAAUGGGUUUUAGCAAAGGUGAGUUUCAUAGGUUUGAAACAGAUUAAUGAGUUCAACAAAUAUGAGUUGUAUCUUAAUGGGAUGAAAAUGGACAAUAGUACAGGGAUAGGAGUGAGUCUUGACAAAAAUGGAGGGUUUGGCACUGCAGACAUUACAGGGCUAUCAGUGUCUAUGGGGAAGAAUUUUGAAUUAAAGCUGCAAUUGAGCCAAUAGGCCAAACGAUGAGAGAAUUGUAAUGCACAUUGAUAACACGAGUAGAAAUUCUGAAAAAUUUAGAAUCAGAAUGAAAAAAAAAAAAUCUGUGAUAUUUUGUAAGCUCAUAUUUUCCCCAUUUUUUUAGUCUCGUUGAUAUGGAAUAAUCUUUUAAUCAUGGAAUUGACUCGAUCAUCAGAUAAUAAUUGGUGCUUCAUCUUGGUGGUGCAUGUUCAUGUUGUUCUACUACAUUGUCAUCUUUCAAAAAUAAUCAUUGUAAAUUUUCUCCAUGAAUACAAUGCAAUUGGAUGAAGUUUGUGACCCAA